AUGGCCAGCAGCUUGGCUACUGGACAGGGGACCCGCUUUGUCCUGGUGGCAACUGAGCAUCUUCAUCAGCAGAUAGCCAGCAUGAGUGGAUGUAUUCGGCAAUUAGAAGACGCUCUUGGAUCCCUUCAGUCACAGCAUUCGACAGAACCCCAUCCUCUUCUUCGCGACGACCUUCAUGGUGUGGAUCAAAAGGACGAAUAUGGCAUUGUUGCUGGAGAUAGCACUGCAGAACUGUUGAAUCCUCCAGAGAUCCUGGACGCAUUUGGAACGCUUUCCAUCACUGAUCAUGGCAUAUCAUGGUUUUUCGGCCCCACAGGCGGAUCUGAAGCGGAUAAAGUUCCACCAGAGACUGCAGAUGCAUCUAGUCUAGAAUCCGGAAGAGACUCAAGGAGCCCUGGAUUACCGCAAGAAUUUAGGAUGUUUUCGCAGGCGUUCCCUUUCACCCCCAUGGGUCCGGUAGCAGCUGUUCAGGAAUUGAUAGAAAGUCAUCUGCCACCUUUGGAAUGGGCCAAGUACCUUGCGCAGACUUAUCUCAAACAAGCUGGCUGGCUGUUUUGCAGUGUGUCUCAGGAUCAAGUGAUGGAAGAGUUACUUCCGAUAUAUUACUCAAAUGGCCCUGUGCCACCAUCAGACGAAACCAAAGGAGCUCAUGACCUUGGUCUUCCUUUACUUGUUUUUGCCGUUGGAGCUCUCAUGGACCUUGUGCAGGAACCGUCCAAUGCUGAGGCUGAACACUAUCAUCAACUUGCCCAUGCUGCCAUCUGUUUGUGGCCGGUCUUGGAAAAGCCCUCCCUAAUUACUAUUCAGGCGCUUCAUCUGUUGAGUAUCUACAAUGCUAUGAGUGGCAAUGAACUUGCGGCCAAAGAGACCAGCAUGGAAACGACAUGGUCAUUGCUUAUCCUUGCUGCUCAUCUUUCCCAAACCAUGCAUUGGGAUAGUGCAAAGUGGGGUCUUCCUGCCAAAGUCGUGCAAAAACGGCGCAUUCUCUUUUGGGAUCUCUUUGUUGCUGAUGCCUGGAAUAUAGACUGCCGUUUCCCAGACAGCGGGGGUGACGGAGAACUUGGCCAUCAAGCAGAAUUCGCAUUAUGGGGAAUCAGGUAUGCGGCCGAGUGUGUCGCAGAGGUCGCCACUCGUACCUUGACAGCUGAAGCACCGAGUUAUGCGGUAAUCAUGGAAAUUGAUCGUAAAUUUCGCAAGUUUCCGAUCCCGGAUCCUGCAGCUCUAAUCGCCUCUUCGGCGUCCAGUACCUCGCCACCACCAAUUUCUGAGGAACCAUCUUGUGAUGUCUCACUCUCGGGAAACUUGUUAUUAGACUGCCCUUUACUACUUUACAUUCAUCGCAGUUUCUUUGCGCAGGCUAUCAUUGAAAACCCUACGAUACUGCGAACCGUCCAACAAGCUUUUCAGGAAUAUCCUAGUCUCUGUGCUUGCUUUUGGACUGUCUGGACCUUUGCAUUUUCUUCUGCCAUCGUCUUUGGGACAAUUGUCACUCGAGGCCCACGGUCUCCACUGGCGUCUAAUGCUAUGAAGGAAUUGGAUGAUGCCUGCCUUCUUUUCUCAAGGGCAGCUGCACAUAGCAGAUGUGCUGCUCAAGCCUUGCCAAUGCUUACGAAACUGAGUGAGAACGCGCACAUACCCCUCACUGCUGCUCAGCAUGAACAGCCAUCACAACAGCUUGGUCAGCAAUGGAGCGUGAAAGUAGAGCAAGAUGAUGAUGAACUCGACAUCUUUGCUGGAAGAACUAGAUUCAUGUCGGCGAAGCGACCUUCAGGUCUACCUGCAGACUACCCGGAGGCUUCUUCUAGCAGCAGCACAUAUCUAGAAGCUAGUUCCACUGAGCAGCAAACUGCCAAAUUAUAUCGCCCGAAAUCUUCAACUGACUGGACUCAGUCAGCUUCGAACCGUGGUGGUCGUUAUGAUAUGCAUCACUCUGAUGAUCUCCCUGCACCUAGUGCAAGCACCAGCAUUCCAACCCACCUAUGGCGACAGCCCCAGAGUUCUGAUUAUACAUAUCCUCCCCAGCAUCAUGUCUCCCAUUCAGCUGCAUUGCAUGUACACCAAGCGCACCAUGCUCCUGCACCUGUUGUGGGGUCAUCCACCUAUCACUGGGCCCCAGCAAGCGAAUCCUCGCAGCAAUAUAGUCAGACUCCACUUACAGCUCCGCCCCCCCAGGCGCACGCUUUUCACCAAUACAGUUCGUCUUCUGUGGCCUCAUACCAUGGCCAACAUAGUCGGCCACUACCUUCGGAACUCGCUGGACUCGGCUUGGUAUCACAGGAUUCAAGACUUGAUGAAUGUCGGACGUCCUUUAUGCGGGAAUCAGGUUAUUUUGAUGGGGUUGGGUACAGAACGCAGUGACAAACUGUUCUCGGGUGACUACUUUUUCUAUUCAUAUGUCAUUAUACAUUUUUUAUCACUUUUCUUGCUUAUUCGAUCAUCGUUGUCACCUCUCCAUCUUUCUCGACAAGCUCGGCCC